UGCGAUCUUAUGGAGGCCAAAUUUAUAUCUUUCGUCCAUACGAUAAUUUUUCAUGUCUUUUUGUGUCUCGCCCAGUUUUUUGUGUAACGGAUAAAAGUCUGUUAUUUCUACCAUUAAAAUCCUGCUGUCCUAAGAAACAGAAAGUGUCUCAAUGCAGAACUUUAGAUGGACAUUUUUCCAAGAAAAAAAAAAUUUGUAAUUAUCGUUAUGCACGUACGCGCACACGUACACACACAACCACACGAUCCCUGCACAAAUUUACGCAUAUAGUCAUACCUUUUAGCGUCUUUCGCCAAUCGUGUGACAGUCGUAGGCAAAUUCAAACGUACCGGUUCUACUUAACGCUUCUCAGACGUCGUCUAUCGCACAUUUAUCGGGGGCAAGCUUGCACCGCUGCCUUAUCUCGUUUCCGUUAGGUAUAUCGCUACACACAAAACGCACACACGAAGCUGACACGCGAAAUCAAAGAGGGAGAAACCUCGGACAGGACAGGACUAGGAAUGCAGGGCAUCGCAGGGAGAUGUACUCGACUCGAGAUAAUGACAGAAUAAUCCCUGAUGGUUCAAUGGUUUCGUUUUCGGUACGUAAAUCGACUCGAUUGCCGAAAAAUGAGACCUCAUGAAAGAAUGGAUAAGAACGCACAGAGAGAAGAUUUCAAAGAAAAACGCGAGAGGAUACGCUCUUUUCUCACUAGGGAGGUGGGAGAGAGAAGCGUAGUUAGAAUUAAGGGUUUACGAUACAUAAAAAAAAAAAAAAAAGAAAAUUCGCGCACGCGAAUCGCUUUUUCGUAGACAAGAGGAAAAGGAAACGAAGGAGAAAGAAAAAAAAAACACGAAACGUUUUGGAUCUACUGUAGGGAAGGGGUACUACCACCACGCGGGAGGUCCGAAAUCGAUGUCCAGUGGUGGGCGUAGGCACAACGGAUUCCACAAUGGGCACCACGGGUCGGGCGCGGGCAUGACGGCCGUGGAGCAUAACGGCCACCAUCCACCGCGAGAGCCGCGAAAAGAAGAGAGCACUCUCGUCAGACGGAGCUUCCGAAGAUGUGGCGACGAGUGGCGUGCCGACAGUAGGAGGUUCACGGAGAGAAGGGGGAAAAAGACAGUGCGUUUUGACGGUGGGACCAAUGUCGGCGGCCCUCAGGAGGAGGAAUGGUCUUGGGAGGCCGAUCGGCAGGGUAGCCAAGACAGCGCGACCAAAGACUCCGGGAUAGACACUUCUAGCACCUUCACGAGCAGUGAAGACAGCAACAGGGGCGAUCUGCCCAAGGUACGGGACCAGGUUACAAACGAGUAACGUCAACCGGCUCGAAAAAAAAAAUAAAAUAAAAAAAAAAAGAAAAUAACUUUAGAGAACGCUUCUCGAGUUGUAGCGAAUUGUAGAUCGGAGUCGAUCUGUCAUGUAGAAGACGGAGUCCUACACACGCGCGUGGAUAGACAAGAGUUUAGGAACAAAUCGUAUUCGCCGGUGAAUCGAGUAAAAGGGGUUUUUUUCAGCAGCGCUUUUUGUUGCACGAUCGCGCCUGAUCGGG